AUGUCUCGGGUUUUGACGUUAGGACCAAAAGGCAACGAAUGGAGCUAUGACAAAGAUGCCAAGAUCUACAACCUGACUCGCGGAUCAUCGCCGUCGGCGUUUACCCUCCGCACGACUAAGGGUCCUACGGAUACAUCGAUCACGCUGGCGCCGAGUCUGAGCGCUCUAGUUGUGGUUGACAUGCAAAACUAUUUCCUUCAUCCAAGUUGCAAUAAUCACCCCACUGGUCUGGUUGCAGUGGAGCGUACUCUUGAACUGGUUAGAAAAUGUCGCGAGAUUGACGUCAAGAUUAUCUGGGUGAACUGGGGGUUGAGUGAGAAGGACCUCGAAACCAUGCCAGCGGCCGCCGAACGGACCUUCGAUAGAAGCCUACUUACGACGUCUCCAGACAGCGAACAGGCUAGAAGCGGCUUCGGCUCUGACAUGGGAGAGGGUAGAGGUCGAAUGUUAAUGGAAGGAUCGUGGAAUGCGGCGCUUUAUGGCGCUUUGCACGACGUCACGCGCGCCUCGGACAUUUUCUGUAGUAAGAAUCGUAUAUCGGGAUUCUGGCACGGCGAGACGCCGCUCGCGAAGGAGUUAGACUCCGGUGGCUUUCGUACUCUCUUAUUUGCCGGCGUAAACACGGACCAAUGCGUCUUGGGAACUCUGGCUGACGCAUAUUAUCGUGGAUACGACUGCAUUAUGGUCGAGGACUGUUGUGCAACGGGUACUCCAGGAGGGCAAGAGGUUACUAUACGCAAUACCUCGGGGAUAUAUGGCUUCGUAGUCGAUAGUAACAGCGUUAUUAAGGGUACGCUCGACACCGAAGUACAGAAAUGA